AUGAAUGCAAAACUAUCAAAAGAAAAAGACCAAAAAACUUCAAAUGAUCUUAACAUCCACCAAAAACUCCACCUAAUCCAAUCUCAAAUCAAAGAACUCAUCCGCACUGAAGAAAAUAAAUUCCAAAAAUAUAAAUUCUUCAACGAACUACAAGUCCUCAACCUAUUAAAACCCCUCUUAGAAAAAUACCACCUAAUCAUUUUACUAAGUGAUGAUGAAACUAAAGAAUUCAGUUGUGAACAAGUAGGGAAUAUGUAUUUAGUUAAAUAUGGAUUGAAUCAAGACCCGGCUAAGGCUAAAGGUUCAGCUGAAACUUAUGCUACUAAAUAUUUUUUAAGUAAAUUAUUUUUAAUGCCGGUGAAGGAUGAAGGGGAUCCGGAUUAUAGUCCCGGGGAGGAGAAACGGGAAGAGGCUACUAAAUUGCCUCCUCGUCAAACUAUUACUACUCAGCAAGUAGAAAGUUUGAUUAAUUUGUUUAGACAAAAGACUGCGGAUAAUAAAGAGAGGCAAACAAAGUUCUUGGAGGAGUUGGAUAAAAUUUUAGAGAAAAAAGGAAUAAAAGAGAAGACUACUAGUGGGAAUUUUAGAGAAAGACUAAAUAGCUUGACUCCUUUAGAUUAUCAACAUUU